AGCUAACAAAGCGUCAGCGCCUAGUGGACGGAAGUGGCUGUUGGAGGCUUAAAGGUAGCUUUAAAUUCCUGCUACCUAUUGGGAGAUAGCUCUUUUCAGCUGGUGUCUGGCUUCACGUGCGGAUGGCUGUGGACGUGAAGUCGCGAGCAAAGCGUUAUGAAAAACUGGACUUCCUCGGGGAGGGACAGUUUGCCACGGUUUACAAAGCCAGAGACAAGAACACCAACCAGAUUGUCGCUAUUAAAAAAAUUAAACUUGGACAUAGAUCAGAAGCUAAAGAUGGUAUAAAUAGAACAGCCUUAAGAGAGAUAAAAUUAUUACAGGAGCUAAGUCAUCCAAAUAUAAUUGGUCUCCUUGAUGCUUUUGGACAUAAAUCUAAUAUUAGUCUUGUCUUUGAUUUUAUGGAAACUGAUCUAGAGGUUAUAAUAAAGGAUAAUAGUCUUGUGCUGACACCAUCACACAUCAAAGCCUACAUGUUGAUGACACUUCAAGGGUUAGAAUAUCUACAUCAACAUUGGAUUCUUCAUAGGGAUCUGAAACCAAACAACCUGUUGCUAGAUGAAAAUGGAGUUCUAAAGCUGGCAGAUUUUGGCCUGGCCAAAUCAUUUGGGAGCCCCAAUAGAGCUUAUACACAUCAGGUUGUAACCAGGUGGUAUCGGGCCCCUGAGUUACUAUUUGGUGCAAGAAUGUAUGGUGUAGGUGUGGACAUGUGGGCUGUUGGCUGUAUAUUAGCAGAGUUGCUUCUACGGGUUCCUUUUUUGCCAGGAGAUUCAGACCUUGAUCAGCUAACAAGAAUAUUUGAAACUUUGGGCACACCAACUGAGGAACAGUGGCCUGAUAUGUGUAGUCUUCCAGAUUUCGUGACAUUUAAGAGUUUCCCUGGAAUCCCAUUACAACACAUCUUCAUUGCAGCAGGAGACGACUUGCUAGCUCUCAUACAAGGCUUAUUCUUAUUUAAUCCGUGUACUCGAAUUACAGCCACACAGGCACUGAAAACUAAGUAUUUCAGUAAUCGGCCAGGGCCAACACCUGGAUGUCAUCUGCCAAGACCAAACUGUCCAGUGGAGGCAUUGAAGGAGCAAACUAAUCCAUCUUUGGCAACAAAACGAAAGAGGACAGAGGCCUUAGAACAAGGAGGAUUACCCAAGAAGCUAAUUUUUUAGUUACGGACAACACUGGAUAGUAUUUUACUACUGAAGAAAAUAGUCAAAAAGGCAAAUAAUGAAAAAAUAAUAAACAUUAAAUAAAUGCUGUAGAAGGAAUUUGUAAAUAUUCUACACAUGUAAAAUAUGUAAAACUGAGUUAUUUUUAUUAAAUGUAUUUUAAAACUUAUUUUUGAUUUUUCUGAUUAGAAUGCAAAAGAAAGAUAAGUUCAGUUUUCUGAAAUGUAGAAUAAAAAUAAAAAAUGCAUUAAGGAAAUCUUACUAAAAAUAAUUAUCUGUUAUUUUGAUGAUCUGGCCAGUAUAGCAUCACAAAUUUGUAGUAGCAAGGGUAGUAUUUAAAAACCAAAAAGUAGGAGUAGUAAUACAGCAAAAUAUACUCCCAGACUUAACAAAUGUUAAUAUACUAAAUAGGAAAAAAAGAAAAAAUAUUACAGAUAAAAUCGAGGUCCCUUUCAUAUGUCAUUCCAUUCUGUUUCUUCCUUUUCGCCCUACCCAAAGGCAGAUGACUCCCAGGAAAUGAAUGUGUCCUCCCAUGAUUUUAUACUGCUGUUUUAUAAUGCAUAUAGUAAUACACAGCAUUGUUUUCACUCUCAGAAUUUUAUAUGAAUGAUAAAUUGUACAUCUCAUACUGCAAUUUUUUUUACUGAAAACUUAAAUUU